AAGUCGCGUCGCGCAACUAUGUGAGCGUGCGUCCAGCUGCUGUUACUUCCACCCAGUAAACACAGACACAAUGGCGCUACGAGCGCAGGGCAUCCGGCGGGGUGCUGAUACCAUUCGCAUACUCGUCGCCACAGACAGUCACGUUGGCUACAACGAACGCGAUGCGCACCGCCAGGACGACAGCUGGAAGACCUUUGACGAGGUUAUGUCGCUAGCAAAGGAGCAUGACGUCGACAUGGUGCUCCACGCUGGCGAUCUGUUCCAUGAGAACAAGCCAUCACGGAAGUCGAUGUACCAUGUUAUGCGCUCCAUUCGCCAGAAUUGCCUGGGAGAAAAGCCUUGCGAGCUGGAGAUGCUCAGUGAUGCAAGCGAGAACUUUGGUGGCAUCUUUGAUCACGUCAACUACGAAGACGAAGACAUCAAUGUGGCUAUACCGGUAUUUGCAAUACAUGGCAAUCACGAUGACCCUUCUGGUGAAGGAUCGUUCUCACCGCUGGAUUUACUGCAAGCGUCUGGCCUGGUCAACUACUUUGGACGAACUCCAGAGGUUGAUAAGAUUGCGGUCAAGCCGGUGCUUCUCCAAAAAGGCCGCACAAAGCUCGCAUUGUACGGUCUCAGCAACGUGCGAGAUGAACGGUUGUUCCACACAUGGCGGGACGGCAACGUCAAGUUCUUCCAGCCAGGCACACAGAAGGAUGAAUGGUUCAAUAUUAUGAGUGUCCAUCAGAACCACCACGCACACACGUCAACCAGCUACUUGCCAGAGAACUUCUUGCCUGAUUUCAUGGAUCUCGUCGUCUGGGGUCACGAACACGAGUGCCUGAUUGACCCACGCCACAACCCUCAAAUGGGAUUCUAUGUGAUGCAGCCAGGCUCUUCUGUUGCUACGUCUUUGAUGCCUGGAGAAGCCGUACCCAAGCAUGUUGCUAUUUUAAGCAUCACCGGCAAAGAAUUCACAUGCGAGACUAUACGUUUGAAGACGGUUCGGCCUUUCAUCAUGAAGGAAAUUGUGCUGGCGGAAGAAAAGGAAAUCAAAGAGAAAGAGUUGUGGCGAUCGUCAGACAACCGUGCGAAGAUCACACAACACCUUAAUCAAAUCGUGGAGGACCUGAUAGAGCAGGCUAAGAGUGAUUGGCUGGAGCUGCAGGACGAUCGCGACGACAACGAGGACAUAGAAGUCCCUCGACCUUUGGUGCGCUUACGUGUAGAGUACACUGCCCCUCAACCAGGCGAAUUCAACGUCGAGAACCCACAGCGCUUCUCAAACCGCUUUAUGGAUCGCGUUGCAAAUGUCAAUGACGUUGUCCAGUUUCACCGCAAGAAAAAAGCGCCCACUCGAACACCCAAAAACAGCGCCGAGAUGCCGGCUGAGAAUGUCAUGGCCGAGAUCACACUCAGCACUGUGGGAGUAGACAAACUUGUUAAAGAGUUUCUUACAGCACAGUCAUUGACCAUCCUGCCGCAAAACUCGUUUGGCGAUGCCGUGUCGCAGUUUGUGAACAAGGACGACAAACAUGCCAUGGAGCAAUUCGUAAACGAGAGCCUGAAAAAUCAACUGAAGCAUCUGAUGGAAACGAACGAAGUCGAUGAGGAGGACAUUGUGAACGAGAUGGAGCAGCAUCGAUCGCAACUGGAAACCCUUUUCGCGUCUGGUCAGCUCAAGAGAGCCCGUAAGUCGAAGACCAAUCCAAAGCCUGCCACGUGGGAUAGUGAGGAUAAUGGUUCGUGGAAUGACCAGCCGGGAGCCUUCGUAGCUUCGGACCACGAAGAUGAGAAAGAUGGCGAUGGCCUAGGCUCGAUACCGACUCGAAAGCUUGGUCGUGCAAAAGCUGCUGUGACGACACGUCGACCUGCAGCGACCAAAAAGACAGCUGCAGUUACGAAGGGCACACGCGGUCAGAAGAAGGUCGUGGAGGAAGAGGAAGAGGAAGAGGAAGACGGCGACGUAGUCAUGAUUAGCGACGAGGAUGAAGAGAGUGCAGAAGAAUUGUUUGUUAAGCCAGCAAAGAAAACAUCCGCGAAGAAAGCUGCGCCAACGAAAGCACCAGCUGGGCGGAAAUCACCUGUCAAAGUCUCGGCAUCAACGCGGACGCGAACACCAGCGGUGAGCAAGCAAACUACGCUGAAUUUCUCUCAACCUUCCACACAACGCAGUCAACCUACACGAGGUGCUGCUUCACGGGGAAAGAAGGCUGCUGAGCCUCCUGAUACCCAUACACUGCUUGUUCAGGGACCCUUCAUGCAUACAUGUAAAAGUCACGCCGAUGCUCUAUAUGUGGUUUUGGUGGCUUCUGCAUACGCCUUCGCUGUGUAUCUUGUUUCCAAGCAGAGAUCCAACUUGACCGUGCGCCUUCUUGGUGUCUGCCUUUGUUGGGGCAGUCGCGUCCGUCUAAUAUCCUUCGAGCUUGACCCCGGACCAGUCUAUCCUUCUUUAGCUUUUCUGUCCCAUCCACGCUUUCCCGGUUCCUUGCUCCGUCCUUCCCAUCUCAUCACACACUCAUUCGUCUUCCAUUUUCUUGUCCGUCUUCUUUCGUGUUGCGGGCCUUCAGCUUUUUGGAUAGCUGCCACUCCUUCGCUCUGUGACUGCCCUUGGAUCAGUCUGAGGUUUACUGUGCUACAAGUGUAUCCGACUAGGCCAUCGGUCCACCGCGAACGCGCACAGGGUGGCGAGGCUUCCGUCAUGGCACCCGCAUACAAGGUGGAAGAACUACUUGCUCUACGCGACUCUGUAUCUGAGUCGGCUGUGUCACUGGACAAGUUUGCGGACGAGGACGUGAUCAAAGAACACGUCCUACGUCCUUCUGCAUCUGCGCAGUUGAUAGGGCGCAGGUCCGACAGAAGCUUGCGAACGUUCGUACCCAGAGCAGCUGCGCUUGAACCACCCCGCGAGAUCACGCCAGAACUCGUGCCAGUGCCAGUGCCAGCAUCAGCGGCAGCUUACAAACGGCCUUCGCCAUCUCCAUCGGUGAAGCGUGGCAAAGCCGAACAACUUCUCAAGCAACACGGCAGUCCACCCGGUUUGCGAGUAACAGCGGGCGGGCGCAUUGUACCAGGCGAUCUUCCACCACUAGGUCUUCGGCCAAGCUUCAACAUUUACAACCCUCAGGCCAUACGCGCUGUGCCCAACAAUACCAUGGCUGCGCAUCCACAAUCUUUCCCAAAUAAUACAGCUCGUAUCGAGGUCGUCGGUGGUCAGCCCAUCAUUGUGGUUGGUGAUCGCAUGUUUGCCCUUCCCACAGUCAAUAGCGGAUCUUCAAUGCCCACAUCAACGCCACCGGCCGAUGAAGGCUUGACGAAGCAGGACAACGGAAGUGCUUCCUUACCUGGCCAGGCUACAUUGUCUGGAAUGCCGUUCAAUCCUCCGCGUUCCAACGCCCCAACACCGUUUGCAGGACUGGAUCUUCCAUCACUCAGAGCUCAACAAACGGCAAAGAAACAAGAGCUCCGAACCCUGGAACAAACGGAAGUGUUGCAGUCUGGACACCAGAAUGAAGCCUGGCGAGCCAACAUAAUUGAGCAGAAAAGGGCUCUGAUCGUUGAGCUUGACACGCUGCGCAAGCACGUUGCAGCCCUUGAGUCGGAUCCGGCGACUGCAAACUCACAGAAGGCUUCAACAACUCCAGUCGGCGCAGUUGUGGCACCAGCGCCUCUGCCGUCGUUCAUGCCACCAUACCAUCAGCCGCUCACUCAGCCUGUGUAUGGCUACACUGCAACGGAUCCAUAUGCCCCAAUGAUGAUGUACCCGCCUUUCGAACCCUUCUCUGGCUUUCCGAGUGUGGACCCAGCACCAUUCGUUCCUCCUCCUACGAACUCACUUGCGCACUCUCCGGGGUCGACCAAUCGAAGGUCGCGUGCCAUUGAGAUCAAAGCCCCCAAUGAAGAGUCUAAGAAGCAAGCAUGGUCCGUUCUGGAUCCAAAGAGUCCAACGUAUGAGCCGAAAGACAGGCCAACCAAAGACAUUGUUCCUCCUACGCCCUCGCCAAACAAGCGCCCACCCUGGCAUCGGCAAGAGAUACCACAGUCUGAUACGCGAAUGGACCACACGCUAUCUCAUCAACCUAGCUUGUCGAGUGUGGACACCACCGAUUUCUUCCCCACAAACACUCAUGAGCAUUCGUCGACCCGAGUGGCUCCAGCGACCAGUGUGCCUCAGCCAAACCAGGACGAGAAUAGGACUGUCCCUGCAACACCCGAGAAGAGCUGGCCUGCUAGUCCUUGGAACGAGAGCAGUGCAAGCCAGUCGAGGAACAUCGAGCCGGCACCGAAGAUUGGAUCUUGGCCGGAAGCAUUUGGGAAACCGCAAUCUCUCUCACCUCUAAAGCAAGAAGCUGCAAAUCAAGCCCCUACGUCCGCUCAGACUCGUACCCUGCAAGCAAGUGGCAACCUGCACACUACCUCAAACAUUAUGCUUAGCCAGGAUCGUCCUCAGCAUCGAGCUAUAUCAGAGGAACCAUGGCCUUUCAACAUGCUCAAAGCAGUAUCACAUGCCCCAUCCACCUACCAAGAAGGCUUCCAAGCCGGAUACGAUCACUUUGGCAUGCCUGACAACCCCGAAGUGUUGCAAGGAUGCAUCCAAGGUCUCCUGACUUUCUUGGCCGACUCCUUGAACAGUCGUCGUAGCAGUGCAUCUGGUCGUGGGUCGCAAACAGGUAGUAUCGACUCUCGCACACCUUCGUUGCACGGCCUUGUGGCUAGUUCUAUGCCUCACGAUUCUGCUGCCAGUAUGUCAAUCAGCCGGACUGAGGCUCGAGUUGGCAGCCAAGAGAAUGUACGUACCAACCAGGGCAGUACAACUGCGAGCUCUCGUCGAGACUCUGCCUACAGCCCUCAAGGCACCAUGCGCAAUGCUCCAGCGCCGUAUGCUCAUGGCGUCAACUUGGUACACGAGUCACGACAAGCGAGUGAGCUUUCCACGCGAUAUCCCAAUCCUACCGGCUUAAUACCAGAGAGAAUGGCCAAAGAUCAUCGAAACGUCCCAUCGCAUCUCAGCCCCGAGUUUGAGACGGGCAAAACAUUGGAGAAAGGUACUGCGCCCCGCUCCUCUGUGCAUGCGGCGAACAACGUUUCCAGCCGUCAGUUCUUGGGCAACCAGCUCACCGAUCGUACGAACAUGAACCCACAGACUUUACAACGCUUCUACCCAAUCCACAAGGAGGUUGGCCCUAGCGGACUCGGUGGAGGUAGCAUACCUUCAGCUCGGCUCUUCGCUAACAACCGCGUCUCAGGGCUGGACGGUGCCAUGGAUGAUCUGGUUGAUUUGGUCAUGGAGACGAGCGUUGAUGGUCACGGUCAAUCAGUUAGGCGUUCUGCGCAACCAAGUGGAGCACCAACCUCUGCUGAAGUCGAGGACACGGGUGCGUCCUGCUUCAAGGCUUCAGGUGGAAAAGGGAAGCAGAAGACAGUGUCCUCACCAGCCAAGGGAACUGGAUCUGCACCAGAUACGACAGCAUCGUCUCAAGCCAACGCGCCAGGUUCGCCGAAGAAGUCUGGCGAACAUUCGCCGGCCAAAGCGAAGCUCGAACAGGUCACCAACAGGUUCAGGCGCUCAAAAAAGGAUGAGACUCGUGGCAUCUCUUCAGAGGAGAAGAGUAAGCGUUCAGAGAAAUGGCGGAAGCGUUUUGACGCUCUCAAGCAGACCGAAAGGGCUGAAAUCGAAGGUUACCGCGAGGAAGAGAGUCGCAGGAACGGGGGCCGGCGCUGA